AUGGCAAAUCUAGCUGCUAGAAAUCAAGAUCGAGAAAUGAUGGAAGUUGAUCGUGUAGGAGUAAAAAUUGAUUAUAGAACAGUAUCUCAACGAUUCUCAUGUCAAGAUCCACAAACACUUGCUGAUGGAUUACGCCAUCUUCAGCAACAUGGUUAUACAGUUAUAUCAGAUGUAUUAGACGAAUCAGAAGUCAAUAUAGCAAAGAAUCUUAUAUGGCAGCAUUUAGAAGGUCUUAAAUCUCCAUAUAAGAUAAAACGAGGACAAAUACAAACAUGGAAUCAGUGGCCAGGUAGACAUGAAGCUGGAAUUGUUGAAGAUUUUGGUAGUGGAAAUUCACAAGCUCAAUGGUUUGUUCGUUCUGUACCUGCAGUUAAAGAUGUAUUUGCUGAAAUUUGGCAGACACGAGAUUUAUUAUGUUCAAUGGAUGGUAUUGGCAUUUUUAGACCUUGGCAUUUAAACCCACAAGUUCAACGAAGAGAUAUUGAGAAUAAUACGAAUCCGUGGAAAACUGUAGGAGCUAAUUGGCAUGUUGAUCAAAGUCCAGUGACAAAACCAGAUCGUGUUUGUGUUCAAGGUAUCAUUAAUUUAUUACCAGCCGAUGAAACAACUGGUGGAUUAAUGGUUAUACCUGAAGGAUAUGGUUUAUUAAUUCAUGCUCAACCAGGUGAUUUAUUAUUAUGGGAUUCUCGUACUGUUCAUUGUAAUACACCUUCUUUUGUAACACCACGACAACAACCAUUGAAUAAUGAUCCAAUACCUAGUUUAUUGAGAAUGAUUAGUUAUGUAUGUAUGACACCAUUAGCAUUUGCAGAAAAUCCAGAUGAAUUAAUUAAUCGUCGAUUAGAUGCAUUUCGUUAUCGAUUAACAACGUCACAUUGGCCACAUGAAUAUCAAACUAUGGGUGGAGAAAUAUCAAGGGGUGAAAAUACUAUUGAAUUGACAGAUUAUCAACGAAAUCUCAUUUUAGGAGUUGAUUAA